AUGUGUGUUCUUGGUGUAUACAUCCACGGCCUCAAGAUUUCAUAUUUCUUGAGACCUCUAUGGGAAUCACCACCAAAGCCAUUCCACAACAUCCCACAUUACCACCACGAGAACGCUUCCAUGGAGUCUCUCUGCAAACUCCACGGCUGGGGAACCCGGGAAUACCCUCGCCGUGUCUACGACGCCGUUCUCUUCAGCACCGAAGUCGAACUCCUCACCAUACGGUGGAAAGAGCUAUACCCUUACGUCACUCAGUUUGUUCUCCUCGAGUCUAACUCGACCUUCACUGGAUUACAAAAACCACUAGUCUUCGCGGGCCACCGCGAAGACGAGUUUAAGUUUAUCGAGCCGCGGUUGACCUACGGCUCGAUAGGUGGUAGGUUCAAGAAAGGAGAGAAGAAUCCGUUUUACGAAGAGGCCUAUCAGAGGAUCGCAUUGGACCAGCUUUUGAGAAUCGCCGGUAUUACUGACGAUGACUUGUUGAUCAUGUCGGAUGUUGAUGAGAUCCCGAGCAGGCACACGAUAAACCUUCUCCGUUGGUGCGACGACAUACCGCAAAUCUUGCACCUGAGGCUUAAGAACUAUCUAUACUCUUUCGAGUUCCCGGUCGACGACAAGAGCUGGAGAGCUUCGGUGCAUCGGUACAAGACGGGUAAGACGAAGUACGCGCAUUACAGGCAGUCGGACGAGAUCUUGGCGGAUUCAGGGUGGCAUUGUAGCUUCUGUUUUCGACGGAUAAGCGAGUUUGUGUUCAAGAUGAAAGCCUAUAGUCACUAUGAUAGGGUGCGGUUUUCGCAUUAUCUGAACCCGAAAAGGGUUCAGAGAGUUAUAUGCACUGGUGCGGAUUUGUUUGACAUGAUCCCUGAGGAGUAUACGUUUAAAGACAUCAUCGGGAAGAUGGGACCCAUCCCGCAUUCUUACUCCGGGGUUCAUCUUCCGGCGUAUCUACUUGAGAACGCGGAGAAGUACAAGUUUCUUCUUCCGGGGAACUGCUUAAGAGACGUGGAAUGA